AUGAAAUAUUCAGUAGAUUUCAAGGAAUGUCUCAAGGAUUCUCCCAAAUUUAGGGCCUCACUUGAAGAUGCUGAAGCUGAUAUUGAAGCUCUUGAAACAAAGUUAGAAAAGCUUGUUAAGUUAUGUAAUGUUAUGAUUGAAACAGGAAAAGCAUUUAACAAUGCUAAUAGUGGUUUUAUAUAUGGUAUUAGAGAUUUGGCCUCCUAUUUUCACGAUGAUAACUUAGUCUCUGCCAGUUUAAAUAGAUUUGCUCACGCUAUGAAUGAAAUGUUAAAAUAUUUUAGUAUAUUAAUGGACCAAGCUAAUAGAUGUGUUUGUAAAAAUUUAAAUAAUUUCAUAAAAAAAGAUAUAAAGAAGGUGAAAGAUGCUAAGAAACAUUUUGAAAAAAUCAGUGAUGAUAUGGACCAAGCAUUAAUCAGAAAUUCAUCAGCUCAAAAAUCAAAAACCAGUGAAUGUGAAGAAGCUUUAAAUGUUUUAACCGCCAUGAAAUCAUGUUUUGCUCAUACUUCAUUAGAUUAUGUCUUUCAGAUUAAUGUAUUACAGUCUAAGAAAAGAUUUGAAGUGUUAGACACUAUGUUAUCAUUCAUGCAUGCUCAGAAUACAUUCUUUCAUCAAGGUCAUGAUUUAUCAGCUGAUUUAGAAUCUUAUAUGAAAGAUGUGGCCUCUCAGGUAGAGGAAUUAAGUUCUAAAGCGAAAGUAGAAAGAAAAGAGAUGGAAGAAAGACAUACUUUAGUUCAACAAAGAGAGGUAAAACCAAAUACAAGCAAUGAUGAUGAAAAUGAUGAGGAAAAUUCUAGUAUAUUAACUGAAGGAUAUUUAUUUAAACGUACCACAAAUGCUUUUAGAACAUGGGUUAGGAGAUGGUUUACAAUUCAAAAUGGCCGACUAGUGUAUCGUAAACGAUCUAAAGAUUCACUUUUAGGAACAUUUUUUAUGAAUCUUUACAACAACUUCUGUUUCUUUUUGCUCUAUAAAGAGAUAUUUCUCACUCAUACAAUCUAUAUUCUAUAUUUGAAGCAAAAAGAUACUGAAGAAAAUGAUAAUAAACCAUUGUCAUCUGCUACAGUUGCUAUUCCGCCUAAUAAAUCUUCACCAAAACCUAAUAAACAAAUGAUUAGUCAACAGUUGUUAGUUAUUCCUGGAAAUGAUAAAUGUUGUGAUUGUGGAGCACCAGAUCCACGCUGGGCUAGUAUUAAUCUUGGUAUAACACUAUGUAUAGAGUGUUCAGGUAUACAUCGGUCAUUCGGUGUCCACAUGUCCAAGGUUCGGUCUCUAACACUGGAUGCCUGGGAUCCAGAACAGAUUAAAGUUAUGAUGGAGUUAGGCAAUGAAGUUAUAAAUAGAAUAUAUGUAGCUAAAUUAAAUGAUUCUAUAGCUGUUCAAGCCACACCAGAUAGUAAGAGAAAUGUGAGAGAAGCCUGGAUUAAAGCUAAAUAUAUAACUAAAUCAUUUGUUAAUAAAUUACCUGGUCCUAAAUCACCAUCUGGGGAAAGAAUUAAAAGUUGGAGUGUUAAAAAGAAAGUAAGAAAGUCUAUGCUACCAUCAUCUAAACCCAGUUCACAAGAUGAUUCAGAAUCUGAGGAUGUAGUUAGUGGUUUAAUGGAAGAUCUAGAUUUAGAGAGUUCUGAGAGUUCAGCAACUGAAGAGGAAGAAGAAGGUGAUGACAAGUCUACUACAUCCUGGGAAGAUAUGAGUAAACUAGAUCCUAAUAUAUUAUUAUAUAAGGCUGCUGAAGCUAGAAAUGUACCUGUUAUGUUAGAUGCCUUAUCACAUGGUGCUGCUGUCAACUGGUCAAAUAAAGAUGAUGAAGAGAAAACACCUAUAAUGAAAGCUGUUGAAGCUGGUUCUCUGACAGUGUGUGAGUUUUUAUUAUUGAAUGGAGCUAAAUUAGAUAGAAAAGAUAUAAAUGGGAGGACACCUUUACAUCAUGCUACUAUACAGGGUCAUACAGGUCAAGUUUGUCAGUUUUUGAAACGUGGAGCCGACUUGAAGGCACUCGAUAAUUCUGGAAAGGAUCCAUUGUCUAUUGCUGUAGAGGCUGCCAAUGCUGAUAUAGUCACUUUAUUACGUCUUUCCAAGUUAAAUGAAGAAAUGCAAGAAUCUGAUGGAUAUUUUGGUCAGCCCAGUGAUGAAACUUUUACUGACGUAUUUAAAGAUUUCUCCAAUAUGGCUUCAAAUAAUCCAGAAAAAUUGAAGCGUAAAUAG